AUGCAUUCUUGCUCUGAUGAUGUCUGUCACGACGGUACAGACGAAAGCUUAGCACAGCUUCAUCGGGGUCACAGUCAUGCCAUGCCCAGCAUGUCAUUCAUUCGUGGCUUCCUACUCGGCUUGAUUGACUUUUGCAGCGCACCCGCUUAUCUUUACCGAACUCACCUCGACCUACUCCGGCUGCAUGAGCGCCAGCGCCAACGCCUCAUCGGACGGCCAACCACAAAGCGGCUAGGUGGGAAUCCCGACGACCGAGCCGUCAGCGGAGCCUCUGUGUCUACCGGUGGCGGUGGCUGUGGUCAUGGGGUGAAUGCUUUUGUGAAUGGCGUCGACUUGGACGAAGACUUUGACGCCUUCCACGGCAGGAUGCCAUCGGCAGUCGGGGCUGGGUUACAGAAACCGAUCAAACGUCACCGGAUGCCCAGCCAGCGUGAGUUGCAAGCCGUCCGACGUGCCAACAACCUAAAACUGGCCGCGGCCAAUGCGUUCACAGUGGCCUCAGGCUUGCCUGGUUUCCCUAUGACACCGCCUGAGGCGAGAAUGCAUCUCGGUCUAAGCCUUUCACUUUCUACUAAGGAAAGCGGUGCGGAGUCGGGCAGCGACUCUACCUCUUCGACCACCACUUCGAUCGUCCCCCUUAGUAACGGCCACCCCCAUAUCCAUCCCUCGUCCGGCACCACCAGCAUUUCUUACCCCACCUUGUCUGUCACAGCCCCGCCAUUGGAGCGAAGGCCCGAGGGUGAAGAAACUUCAUGUCGACCCUUUGGCCAUGUCUGGCGCCGGCUGAUCUGUCGUUUGGUCGGAUCUGGUGGUACAGAAUCCGCUGAAUCAAUUGGUCUUUUGCAACCUCUCUUUCAGAUGUGGAUAUGCAGCAGCGCACUGAUCGUGGUAUGUCUUCUACUAUUCACAUCUAGACGAGCUUGCCAAUAUUCUGUCCUAUAA